CAUUCACCUCCAGCUUUCCGUAUGUAUUUAUUUAGCGAUGGAUUUAGCCCUCGGCUGGACGUUAGGGCUGUGUUGUGUGGUAAUGCUGGUUGGCAUAGAGCAGCUUUCUCACAUUAUUGAUUUACUGCUAAAAGCUUCCGACGAGCGAGCCAUUGCCCCGGAACAGAUCUCACCCAUCUUGUGGGAUGUAUACGAUCGUGUGACGAUCCAUGUACGCAAAGACCUAAGCCAAUACUGUGGUCCUAUUGUGGUACUAUUCACAUCAUUGUUCAUACUGGAGUGUGCCAUAUCGUUAGUUGACUUGGGUGGUUUACUAUAUGACGGCAGUGAUUUAGAUAUGAGCUUAAUCGCAAUUGGAGCUUUAUGGUUACUGUUUGAUUUCAAGAAGUUUAUUGUCCCGUUGCAGUUGAGCGAGUGUUUAAAGCAAAAGGUAGAAGAGACGGCUCUCUGUACACGGCACUUUGACGAUUACCGGCUACAGAAUACACGCGCUGCCAAACAGAUACAAAAGUUUUUGCUUAAAAAUUUGCACCAGAAGAAGAAGUUCUCAGCUUGUGGGUUCUUCGACAUCGAUAAUACCGUCAUUUACAUGGUUUUCAGCUCUAUUGUAACGUACCUGGUGAUACUAAUACAAUUCAAGCAACUGGAAACCGAUUUAACCCAAUCUGGAGAUGGCUACAAUGUCACAAGCAACGUGUCAACUGUUCAGCCGUAGAGAGAGAGGGCAAAGAGUGGGUAAACUACAUCGCUAACAACGCAUAUCGGCAUCAAACCCGAUUUUUGAAAGGUCGUUACAUUAAAUCCAUUGCAAAGAACAUGUUGCGGCAACAUUUGUUCAAUGGCAACAUUU